AGUAGUAAGACAGAAGUUGACAAAAGUUUUCGAAAGUUUUACAGGAGUGUUUUAACGGAAUUUUAAACAAAAUAUAGAGAUCUAUAAGUGAGUUAGUAAGGGCAAUGAAGUUGUUAAGCGUCACGGCCUUACUUUUGGCCAGCUUUAUUGCUUUUAGUGAGUGUAUUUCGUUUAUUGGUAAACGUGAUUAUAAAGACUUUAAAGUGGGACAGGCACCUAGUAUCCACUUGAAUGUGAAAAAGCAUCAUCAUCAUAAUCAUCACCAGAGCAUGUUACGAGGAAAACAUCUUGAUUUGAAUGAGGGUGGAUUCCAUGCUGGACGUAAAUCAAAGUUUGAUGAUAAAUGGAUGUCAUUGCCAAAGAAAUCAGAUUCAUGUACACUGAAAUGUGGUCAUAAGGAAUUCUGCCUACGUGAUAGCAAGACUGGUGAUGAAAAGUGUAUCAGCAAACAUGACUAUAAGGAAAGCCGCCGACUAUUCCGUGACUUUCAUAAAGAGAAACAAAUCCUGAAGCAUGACAAAAAGGACUUCCUAGACAGUAAAUUGAGCCGAGCUGAACACAUGCAAGAUGUAUAUGAACUUAUUGAUGAAUACAACAAGAAACAUGACAAAAAAGUUCAUAUGAAGCCAGUAUCUGCUAAGACAUUAGACGAGACUCCAACUGAGGUUGCCACGGAUACUGCUCAAGAAUGUCGUCCCACGGAGCUAUAUGAGCUGAGAAAGCGAAUGGUUGGUUGGUUUGUUUUGUUGCACACUGAAAGCCGUAGAAGUCGCCAUAAGAUGAAUCACAAGAAACACGGCAAACAUGGCCGAAAAUAUCACAAGAAACACUACGACUUCAUGGAUAAGAAGCACAAAUUUGAUAAACUUGAUUUUAUGGAUAAGAAGAUUAACAUGAAGAAAGCUGAUAUGAAGGAGAUUAAACGAGGCAAGCGUGCUGUAACAGACACUGUUGCCACAGAAUCACACAAAUGUAAAUGUGCCAAGUCAGUGAUGUGGGAGUUCAGGAAACAAGACAAAGAUAGGAACAGGAUACUCAGUGAUAGCGAGCUUGAAGUGAUGGCGGCAAACAGACGCGAGCCUUGUAUGAAGCCACUGUUGAAGUCAUGUGACACUGAUGCUGAUGGAGCCCUCACACAUGGUGAAUGGUGCUGCUGUAUGGCAUAUACAAUUCCACCUUGCCUGGAGAAGAAACGCCUUACAGAUCCUAAGGACUGGGUACCACAAUGUGACAAGGAAGGUUUCUACAAACGUGAACAAUGUCACAAGUUAUCCGGGUAUUGCUGGUGUGUAGAUAUCAACGGAAAUGAAAUUGUUGGAACAAAGAAGUUGGGAGGUGGUCAUUGUGGUCAGUAUGACCCAAAUGGUCGUCUUGAUGUGAAGAAGCAGUAGAGAUGCAGAGAGAGAGGGUGGUUCAAGAGUAACAACAAUAACAACAUCAGUUACAACAAAAACAUCAGCAGUGCUUAAAUAUCCUAAUUUUUCAACAUAACAGUAAAUCAUGAACAUAAGAAAAAAAUAAUUAUUGAGUUAUACUCUAUGCUGAAAUAAUCAUCAAUGUAAAUUAUUUGAUAGAGUCAUUGGGAUAUUAACAAGAACAAGAACAAUAAUUAAAUAUACCAAUAUGUCAUCAUUAUGAUACUGCAACAUUUUAAACAUUUCCUUUUGAAAAAAAAAAAGUUAAAUGCAGAAUCAGAUUUCUUAGCUUUCUUUGUAAAUCAGGACCUGGAAAUUAAAAAAAAGGUUAAGUUAAACAGGUGUAUAGUAUAUUAAACAUGUAUUUGUACCAAAAAAACGUAAAUGUUCUAGUACAAAAUUGUUUUACAGUUUUUCACUUGCUGUUGUUGAAUGCAUAAUUUUAAUGAAGAAGCCAACAAGAACUAAUGCUCAUCAAUUUUAUCAUUAUUAAAAAUUCUCGAGAAGGUUUUUGUAGAAAUUUUUAAAAAUUUAUUCUAUCACAAUUAUUUCAUAUAUUUUACAAAGUCUUUAUAUUUCCUUUUUAUGAUACCUUUUUUAAAAAAAAAGAGAAUUUCAUUGUAUUUUUAUUGAACAAUGUUAAUUAAUUUAGCUUUUUUAUUAUUGUUAAAUAAGUGUAUUUUAACUAGCAUUAUAGAUAAAGUAUUGUUUACCUUGCUUAAGGCAAACAUUAAAGCAGCACUUUAUAUAAUUAACAUUUUGCUCUCAUAUCAAUAUUAUAUUCAUUUUACAAACAUAACAUUGAUAUGCUUUAAAAAUGAGAAGAAUAACGAUACCUUUUUAAGAUACAAGUGAUGAUUUUUAUUAAAUAUAUUCAUAGAUGCAUUUUAUCACAACCUUUUCAUAGAUGCAUUGCAUUGCAAUCAAAUAAAAAAAUUAUAAAAAAAAAAUUUACUAUGAGUACAUUAUGGUAUAAUAUCAAAUUUAUUUACCUUCUUUUUCAGCUAUACUAACUAUAUUUACAGUCUUUGCAUGGUUUUUAUGUUUUAGCAUUAGAAUCAAAUGUUUUCUGUUGGAAUAUCAAGUGAUAUUUGUAUACAUUUUUGUAAUGUUAUGUAAUGUGGCAGGAUUAAUUCCUACAACGAAGUGCUGUAAAUUUGUUAAAAUGUUCAAUGUUUUGUUCCAGAUAUUUGUAGCUGAUUAUGAACAUAGAUUCAUAUCUUAUAAGCUUCUGUUUUUUUGUUAUUAUUUUUCCCAGAGAAAACUUUGCAGUAAACAUGAUAUUUUUUAAUGACUAAUAAUUCAACCUUUUCUAUGAUCAGAAUUUGACAAGUUAACUUUUUAUGAAAAAAGAUAAAUCUAUUGUAGUUUUUUUAAUUCUUGUGUUUAAAAAUAAAGUAUCUGAUCUUCAACAGGGUACAAUUUGUUACUAAUAUUUACAUAAAAAACAAAGUCUGACACUAAAAUAUAAUACUUUAUUAUAUGUUUCUUUUUUAAAGAUUAUUGAAUAAUGUGUGCCUUAUUAAAAUAUCUAGAUGUGCCAAGUUGUUUUUCUGUAAAAUUUCUAUAUGACUAGAGAUAAGUGAGUUUUUGGAAAAAAAGUAAAAUUUAAAAUGUGAUUUUCUUGUGAUAAUUAAAAUAGCUACAUUGUGUUCCUGUACAAUAACGCUGGAGUUUUCCAUUUGCUUUUUCAAAUUUUGCUUUAUGUUAACAGUGUAAAAAUAGUUUCAUGCAAAUAUGUACAAUUAAAACAACAGUACGGUGGUGGUAAUACAUGUAUAUCUCAGUGAAAUAUCAUUUAUGUAAUAAUUAUAUCAAUAUGUGUGCCAUAUUAUCCUGUAAGAUCUGUAGCUAUUCCCAACACUAGCACACCAAAAUGUCGCAGACGAUCUGUAGCUGUUCUUAAAUUUGAGCACCAUUGAAGUGGUAGAAGAAUCUCUAGCUGGCUGUUCUAAUUAUUCGCACACUAGUCGUUUAACAUAUUUAGCUAUUCUUAAUUUUAGUUCAUCAUUUGUCAUAGAAGAUUGUAGCUAUUUUUAAUACUUAAAACUGCCAUAAUGUCGUAAUAGAUCUGUAGUUACUUUGUAUACAAAGUUGUAACAUAACACAUUGUCUUAAAAGAUCUGUAGCUAAUCUGAACAACAUGCCAUAUUGUCAUAACAUAUCUAUAUUUAAUAUCAUCACUUUUUUUUUCUUAAAAGAUCUGUAAUAACAUAAUCAUAUUAGUCAUGGCAUUAAAAUAAAAGAGGAGCAGUUAUUCUGUAUAACAUACUGUAGUUUCUGAGAAAUUUUAGAGAAAUAUUACAAUAUUCAUUAAUUUUUGUAUAUAUUUAAUAAACAGAAAAGCUAAUAAUAAACAGAAUAGCUAAUAAUAUAUUUUUCAACAUAAUGUGUGUGUUUACAAAAUCAAAACUUGUUAGAAUAUAAAAAAGUGUACAAUUAUUCAGGUUUCUUAUUUCUGUGUUAAAAUUAUGGUUGGCCAAUUUAACAUUCCAUUUUUAUGAAGAUAUUUUGUAGAUCUAUUCAGAGUUUUCAAAAUUCAUUUUAUUAUUAAAAAAGAAUAAAAAGAUUGUUCUAUUAA